AUUGGCUUUAAUUUACUGCUGGGCUGAAAGAGUUUUAAAGGUCUUAACCCUAAAUGCAAGCAGACGGGAAUCGAAAAUCUCUUUCGAGUUGCUGAAGAACACCAAAUUUGUUGGGCUUCGUCGAUUUUAAGCGACAAUAUGGAAGAUGAGGACGGUAUAUAUGACAUUGUCAGGCAGCUUGUGGCUGUAUCCCCAAAGAUGACGCAAUAUGACUCAAAAGAAAGUGUCAUCUUUGUCUUUAAUAAACCUCUUCUUGCCGAUGGUGGACCUUACGAGGCCGAGUUCAAAGGUCAACACCACUGCCUCAGAGUACCUGCAGUGUUACUGAACAGCUGUACACUUCAGGCGCAUGCACCAGUCUAUUAUCCCCCAGAAACCACGACUGUUAGCAUUUACGACAAACUAAAACAGCAUGAACCCUCUAUCGCUCGUUGCUCUUUUGAGUUUUUCGCUCGAGGUCAACUCCUUCAGGAAUUAUUAGAAAAAGCAAGUGAUCCAGAUAUGCUACUUUGUGAUUCUCUUGGAGUUUCUUCAACUGAUCUCAAAACGUUUGACGACGUUAUUGCCGGAAAACUGAAGGAGAAAGCUCCUGAAGGAUUCAAUCUGCUCAAGAUGGCGCAAGAAAGAGGUCCUCCUGUGUCAAAUACUAGGUUCCCAACUCUACUUCACCUUGGUGCGACUUACGGACUAACAUUAACUGUAGCAGCGUGCCUGCACUACUGCCCAGCGGCACACCAGGCAUGCUUGCUCAAGAAUGUAGACGGCAACACACCCAUUGAAAUAUCUCGAAAACUUGGAAGCCACGAAAUAACGAAGUGUCUUCAAGAUUUCCAGUCAAACAAACGUUUCCUUAAAAAUAACAAUCAGCUCGGAAAAGAGGGAGUUUUUAGUGAUAAUGACGAAAAUGAAGACAUUUACAUGGAGAUGCGUCCAAGCAUGGCUCUAGAUAAAAUUGAUGGAGAGCAUGACUAUGUAAGGAUGCCAGAAAUUGGAACCAACACAAACCCGAUUUUGAUGACUCCCGAACUUCAAAGUGCAGUUUCGUUAGCAGAGAACGCAAUUAGACUUGGCUGGCUGAAAGGUGAUUUCGAUGAAGCAACGUUCAACGCGUUCAGACAGAUUAUUGAAAGAGGUACCGAGGAGCCAGUUGACGAUCCGACCUACUCACUACCACGUGACCUAGGCCCGGUCUUACCGCCAAGAUCCAACCGCCUCAGCAAUAAGCGACAUUCUAUACAUGAUAUACCAAAUUCGGCCCCACCGCUACCACCAAGAUCUCCUGGCUCAGUUAAAUCACCACAAUUCCUCUUGGGUCACCAAACUGAAAGACGUGGAUCCGAUCCAAGCAUUUUUCACAGAAUGCAGCCCAAUUUUGCGGACAAACUGACAAUUUGUGAAGAAAAUGGCACAAUACAUCAACCAAGGAAUGAUUCACCUCCGAAGUUACCAGCUAAGACAAGGAGUCCUCUUUCUGCCAUCCAAGGGGCACAGCACCAUCUCCCUGGUGGAUUCCUCAGUCCAAAGUCUUCUUCCAAUGAUGCCACUUCGAUGGGUCUUUCGCCCAGGCUUCCGCCGCGCAAUCCGAAACUAAGAUCCAAGACACGUUCUGCCAGUUGUGAAGCCGACUUAACAGUGCAGAAUCUAGCAAGGAAUCGGACUUUCAGCGUGCCCAGAUAAACAGACAGAUUCACAAUAAACAGUCCCAGCUCGCAUCAACAACCGGCUAAAAGGAAACGAGCCUGGAAAGUUGUCGUUGGACUCUAAACCUUUUAACAUUUCACCUUUUUCUAAACUUGACGUAUUACAUUGUUUAAUUUCCCUCAGGGAUCCGAUUACAAUGAAUAGUAAUGUAGCUAGGUUUUUAGAUUAGGCUGUCAAGCUCUGUGUCUGUUUGUUUUUGGUUUUUUCGGUUGGGUCCUCUUUCGCAUUUCUAGAACCCAGCCUUACACAUGAGCAAAUGCAUUAGUAUUACGUUUUUUUCCAAGUGGAGCCUGUACCCGUGAAAACACCUUCACCACAUAUAUUGCAACAUGACCCGGCAUAAUUUUGGAGUUUCUUGGACUUGUCAUUGAUGAAUAGCAAUUUACUUUUGGUGUUAUUAUAUCCAUUUUGAAUCAGUUGUGAUCCUUGUAAUCUGAUUGGCUUUCACUGGUGCGAUUUAUUCACAAAUUGCACCAUUUUAUGCCCUAGAUCGCAGCUUUUCUAAAACACAACAACCACUCAAAUUUGAGCUGAGGCUUGAUUAUAGAAAUCAGUCAAAUUUCAGGACAAUGAGAGACAACUUUUGCAACUCUCUACAAACCGUUUUAAUAUACUGAAUCAAUGAAAUAUUUUUACAAACCAAAAUGGCGAAACUUGUUUUGGGGAUUGAAUUUGCGAUCUCAAAAAAAUGCAAUAAAGUGGUGAUAGAACUUCUUGUCAUGCAAUUUUGGUCUAAAAUCAUACUUGUGAUCGCAAAUCACGCGUAUGAUCCCAGACCAAAUUGCUCUCCACUCAGUUCAAUUACCAUUAUUUACCAACUUGAUAAUAAUAAUGAUGAUGUACAUUGGCCACUGUAGAACUUUAAAAACUACUUAUGUACUCUGUCGAUAAAACUAAAUGGUGUACUAUUCCCCCCACCGACACAGCACCACAUUUUCGUUAUAAACCUAUGCUCUUAAUACAAAUACAUUUUAGUUCGUUUUUCGCCAAAACUAUGACUGUUAAAUUAUCUUUUUGCUACAUCUUUUGAUAUUACCACGAUGUAUAGUUAGGCAGCUGUCUAUUGUCUAGUUAACAGCCAGUUUGAAAGCUUUACAUCGAAAAAUGAAAUUAAACAGCAAAAUAGUUUUAAGGUAAAUAACUCGUGCACAUUCAGUCAGUAUUACUAUAACACAUUUUGUCUUUAUACUUGUUUACUCCAGUAUGUUCACCCACAAUUUGAGGUGGAGAUGAACCAAAGCCUAUAAAUUUGAAGUUCAUUUCAGUAUUCUCUCAAAAUAGCGCAUAAAUUCUAAUAAAAUUUUCAUCAAGA